AUGGAGGGAGACCAAGUUUCUAUUAUUGAUUGGGAUAUGGCCGGGUACUGUCCUCUGGAAUGGAUUCGUACCAAAUUUGCGAUUUGCGGAGUAAUGGUCGCCGAGCGAGUGGUCGGUAACGAGGUCGAUGGCAGUUUAUCGGUGGAAAGAAACCACGAAUAUAGGGAGAUGAUCGAGCAGAAGCUUGGGGAUAUGGGGUUUCCUGAAGUUACAAAAGCUUACAUUAAAAUGGAGAACAUGCGAGAGAAGGAAUGGAAGAAGCGACGACCUUGGCUUCAACAGCUCCUUGCCAGCGAUUAA